AUGACUUCCACCCAGGUUGAAAACGCUCGGGUGCACCCGCGCCGCCGGCCUGUCAUAAACACCGCCCUCCCAGCUCUGGACACAGACUCCUUACCUGUCUCUUCCAAGAUGCAGUUGAAGAAAGGCGAGACUUUUAACACACCCACCUCGCCGCCAAAUGAUCGAGACCCUGUCUUGACCAUUCGUUCCCUGCCGCGUCGAACUCCCACCUCUCUUGAGGCUAUUGCUGCCAGCGAACAACGCAUGGCAUCCAUCCUAGAACGUUUGACUCUAGAGGACAAGCCUGAAGGCUCAGCGGAAACGGAGGAUCAUCCCGUUUCUCACGGUCUCGUUGCUCCCACAGAACCUGGCUCGACCAGCGCCUCGCCGUCCUACAAGGAUGGUCAGGAUCUCUUCACGGACAAGAAGAUUCAAGAAGAACAGGCACAGGACUCUGACAGUGGAUUGGGAUCUUCUGUCGGCAGUGCCGAGACUCUCUCUGAAUCCACAGAGAAGGCGGACGAUGGCAUUCAUGACAAGCAGUCAGCCAUCACAACCUCGAUCUCUUUUGAUACUGGCUCGACAGAGCGUCGUCAAUUAGCGUACGCUGCCUGUAAACAGAUUGAACGCUAUAUACUAGUGCCCCUCCUCCAGGAGGAGAAGUUGAAACCCUUCCAUCCUUUGGUGAAGAGCGUCCCUGGACGUAUUGUGAAGAAACAGAUUGUCUGCCUGAGAGAUCUGGAAAAGACCUUGUUGUGGUUAGCGCCGAAAUUCUCUUCUUCACGAUCGUCAUACCUCGGCUUCUGUGAAUUCACUAUCCAGUGUCUUCACACUUCUGCUUCGCAUCUCAACGACCGUGACCAGCGACUACCUGCUGACCGCCCAUACACUAACGGAUACUUUAUCGAUCUCGUCUCUCAGGUUCGCCGUUACGCAGCCAUGAUCCAGGCUUCGCGUGAACGCAUGCAGGCUCAGGCCGCAGCUCAAGCUGUCAAUGCUGAGAAAACUGCCUUGGCUUCUGUGACUCCUUCUGCCUCUCUCAAAGGUGGCCUUUCUGCCAAUGGUCGCCCUGCUGAAAUCAUUUUCGUCGAUGAAAAUGGCCAGGAGAUCUCGCUGGCAAGCGGCAAGCCUUACACAGCCCCCCCUCCCGAGAUGACCCCCUCCUUCAAGCGCGAUCUCAGCUUCAAUGAGGAUCUGGACGAGGGUGUUGCUCGCUCAAUGGCUCGUCGCAAGAAGAAUGCUCCUCCCAUGGACAUCAACCAGAAGUGUGCUCACUGUGACAAGGUCUUCAAGCGUCCUUGCGAUAUGACGAAGCAUGAAAAGACUCACUCACGCCCCUGGAAGUGCAUCGAGCCCACAUGCAAGUACUUCACCUAUGGCUGGCCCACUGAGAAGGAGCGUGACCGCCAUAUCAACGACAAGCACUCCGAGAACCCUGCUGUCUUCCGCUGCCACUUCCAGCCUUGCACCUACUCUUCCAAGCGCGAGAGCAACUGCAAGCAGCACAUGGAGAAGGCUCACGGUUGGCUCUACAUUCGUUCCAAGAACAAUGCUCGCAACGGCAGCAAACGCGGCUCCUCCCAUCAGCCCACUCCUCGUACUCCCAGUAUCUCCACUCCCUCCUCUAAGCCGACUGACUUCCCUACCCCCAGUCUCGGCCCCACUCCUUCUCCUCAUGAGUCUUCUCUGUUCUUUGACAACAUGAAUUUCAACUUUGCUGAUCCUCCGGCGCCGGCUCGUUUGGAGGACUUCCCUCCUCUGUUUGAGACCAACUCGCCCUACCCAUCUUCCACCAACUCCAACAGCGGCCUGGGUCAUGAUUUCAACUUCCCCACCUCUUUCAAUCUGGAUUCUCUGCAGACCCAGUUCGCUGCCGGUGAACCGGAUGGCUUGAUAUCUGAACUGCAGACUCACCGCCAGUCUAUGAACUCCAUGUCGAUUCCCUCUACUGAAUCUGUCCCUGAUCUCGUGCGUGCUUCCAUGUCUUUCAACGGGUCUCCGAUGGCCACCACCGACACUACUAGCCUCAAUUUCGACGCCGAGUGGAACAACCUGGGCAUGUUUGACAAUGUUGAUAUCAAUGCCAAUGAUUACACCGUGAUGAACAUGCAGAUGCCUAUCCAGGAUUACUCUGACAUGACCAUGCCUGGCAUGAAAUUUUCUCAUCCUGUUGAAGAUGCGAUGCUGUCGUAUCCUAUGACCAAUGCCUGCAACGCCCAAGAUUUUACAUUGUAUGGUGAUACCUCGAUGUUUUUUACCGAGAAUUAG